CAUGACUCAUGAGUGCACAAUGUUUUUUAAUGAAAACGUGUAUAGUAAUUGAAUUCAACUGUGAUAGGGAGUGUUAUUCCUUCUUCUAGCCUGAGGAGACUCGAUCAAUAUACAAAAUUUAGUGCACUGUUAGUGACUAAAUAAGCAUGAAAACAUUGCCCCAACAAUCAGUUUUGUACUAUUUUUCCAUCCUCAUCAUUGUAACGGUUACUAUAACUAAUGGAGAGAAAGAUGCAGAUUACAUGUCCCAACUUAUGAAAGCACUGACCCCAACUCCCAAAGGCUGGUCUGGCAACAUUCACUACUGCAAAUGGAAUGGCAUCAGGUGUGACCAAUCUAAUCAAGUUGUCACCGCCAUCAAGCUUCCAUCAAGUUCUCUCACAGGGAUAAUCCCUGAGAAUUUCAACUCUCUCAAUAAUCUCACGGACAUCGAUCUUCAUAACAACUCACUCAACGGUCCUUUGCCUGAUUUGGCUUUCCUAAACGUGCUCCAAACCGUGAACCUUGGUUACAAUAACUUUACUUCAAUCCCAGAUUUUUGCUUUGGAACCCUACUAGAUCUAACAACCCUCAACCUUAGCAAUAACUUGAAUCUCAAGCCAUGGUUAUUUCCUGAAGAAUUAUCCGUGUCCUCGUUGAUACAUACCCUCGAUCUCGAAGCAACAAAUCUCAUAGCUUCAUUACCAUCAGAUAUGUUCAAAUGGUUUCCGCGUUUGCAUACUGUUUUUCUUUCUCACAACAACUUAAGUGGAACUCUUCCCCCUUCUCUUGGGGAAUCUUCAAUAAGGUAUUUGCGACUCAAUAACCAAGGGGCGUUUAGUGGGUUUACCGGUACAAUUGAUGUUAUAUCAUCUAUGAGGUUCUUGUCUCAGGCGUGGCUUAACAACAACAUGUUCGCAGGUCCAAUUCCUAACAUGUCUAGUUCCACUAAUUUGUUUGAUCUUCAGCUUCAUUCCAAUCAAUUAGUUGGUUUGGUUCCACAUUCGCUAUGCACUCUCUCUAGCUUGAAGAACAUCUCUUUGGACAUCAAUUUUCUUCAAGGACCGAUACCUGUGUUUCACGAGGGUGUUAAUGCAAGUUGGGAAGGAAAUAAGUUUUGUCGAAAUGAUGUUGGACCUUGUGAUCCCCAAGUUACAAUUUUGCUGGAGAUUCUUGGAGCUGUUGGGUAUCCUGCUUUUGUGUCAAAUUCUGAAGGGAACAAAAACGAUGCUUGUUCAGGAGACGAAUAUUUAAAGUGUUCAAAAGGGAAGAUUGUGGCCUUUUAUUUGGACGGUAUCCAAGCAGGCGGAACAAUCUCUCCAGCGUUUUCUGGUUUAUCAAGUUUAGUGAACUUGACUCUUCGUAGCAAUAAUUUAACGGGUUCAAUACCACAUAGUCUUACAACUUUGUCACAACUUCAACUUCUUGAUGUUUCUGAUAAUAAUUUGACUGGACAAGUUCCCAAAUUUUCUUCAAAUGUUAACUUAAUUACAACUGGCAAUCCUUUGCUUGGGAAAAAUAUUUCCCAACAAUUAGGUGGAGGAGAAAACACAACUGCUUCUCGUGAUGGAGGCUCAUCUAAGACAACAAUUGCACCUGCUUGGAUUGUUGGGGCAUCCUUGCUUAGCGCUGGGUUCGUAAUACUAAUUGUGAUUCUUUGUAAACGAGAGAGAUAUCUUAUUUUAGUAAAAAGAUGGAUCUUGAGGAAAACAACAAAAUCUAUUGACAACAAUGUGGAGGAUUUUAUACAGAGUUAUAAUUUGUCUGUGCCAAUAAAGCAAUAUAGAUAUGCAGAAGUGAAAAAAAUGACAAACUCGUUUCGAGAUAAAUUAGGUCAAGGAGGAUAUGGUGUUGUUUACAAAGCAAACUUACCUGAUGGUCGUCAAGUAGCAGUGAAAAUUAUAAAUGAGUCUAAGGGAAAUGGAGAAGAUUUCAUAAAUGAAGUUGCUAGCAUUAGUAGAACAUCACAUGUGAACAUUGUCUCACUUUUGGGAUUUUGUUAUGAGAACAAAAGAGCACUAAUAUAUGAGUUCUUGCCCAAAGGAUCAUUGGAUAAGUUCAUUCUUAAAAGUGGAUUUCAUGAUGCUAUUUGUAGUUUGGAUUGGAAGACAUUGUACCAAAUUGCAAUCGGAAUUGCUCGAGGACUAGAAUACUUGCAUCAAGGAUGUAUUUCAAGAAUUUUGCAUCUUGAUAUCAAACCACAAAACAUUCUUUUGGAUGAAAAUUUUUGCCCCAAAAUCUCUGAUUUUGGACUAGCUAAAGUAUGCCAAAGGAAUGAUAGUAUUGUGUCUUUACUUGGCACAAGAGGAACUAUAGGAUAUAUAGCACCAGAAGUAUUCAGCCGAACAUAUGGUGGAGUUUCUCAUAAGUCUGAUGUAUAUAGUUAUGGUAUGUUAAUUCUAGAAAUGGUUGGGGGAAGAAAGAAUUAUGACACUGGAGGGUCAUGUACUUCUGAAAUGUGUUUUCCAGAUUGGAUUUAUAAGGAUCUUGAGCAAGCUAAUAACCUUGCUAAUUGUUUAGCAAACUCAAAGGAAGAAAAUGAUAUGGUAAGAAUGAUUACUAUGGUGAGUCUAUGGUGCAUUCAAACAAAUCCAGCCGAUAGACCAUCAAUGAGUAAAGUAUUAGAAAUGCUACAAGGACCACUUCAGUCGGUGCCAUAUCCUCCAAAGCCUUUCUUAUAUUCUCCUGCAUUGUCAUCAUUGCAAACUUCAUAUUUGUCUUCCAGCAAUUUGUUAGAGACAAACUCAGCAUCCUAAUUGAAGAAUGGUUCCAUAAAACCAGAUAAGUUCAGCAAAGACAAAAGUGAAAAUGUGAUUGUAAUGUAACUAUAUAUUGUUGGUUUUUAAAUACAACUUUGCAUAUCCUUUGGUUGAACUUCAAAA